AUGUAGUGCGGUGAAUUCCCUUCCAGAAACAGUCCAGUUCUUCAUAAUACAGACAAGAAAAGAAGUUCAGAAAAGUUACACAUCGAACUGUAGACAGGCCUUUCAAGCGCAGCCUCCUGAUUGGUCUGAAAGACGCUCCUUUCCCUCCCACCGCGCCUGCCGCUUACCCUAAACUACCUUGCACUUCAUCUGGCCUGAUUCUCGUCAGGCUUCAAGGCAACGUCCUCUGAGAGUGCCGCCCGCAAGUUGGGAGGUGCAAACUUCUUCUCACCACCUGUAAAACUAUUUAAAAAACCAAAACACUACGAAGACAGCCAGAAAAAUGGAGAUAUUUUUAAUUUCUUUGGCCCUAAUCCUAGGAUGCGCUGUCUUUUAUUUAUUUCAUCAGCAAAAUAACUCGCACAGACCCCCAUGCAUAAGUGGCUGGAUACCUUGGAUUGGAGCUGCUUUUAAGUUUGGAAAAUCUCCUCUGGAAUUUAUAGAGCAAGCAAGAAUCAAGUAUGGACCAAUAUUUACAAUUUUUGCUUUGGGUAAUCGUAUUACCUUUGUAACUGAAGAAGAGGGUUUUAAUGUAUUUUUCAAGUCAAAAGAAGUAAAUUUUGAAAAUGCAGUGGAAGACCAUAUUUAUCGAGCAGUAUCAAUUCCAAGGAAUAUCUUUUUAACAUUGCAUGGUCCAUUAUAUGGCCUAAUGAAAAACAAAAUGAAGAUGUCCAAUCUGUAUCAGUUUAGUGAAAAGCUGAUAGAAGGAGUACAUGAACAAUUGGAGAGUUUGGGUACUAAUGGAAAUCAGGAUCUCUACAAUUUAGUAAGGAAUACCCUGUAUCCUGUCACAGUGAAUGCUGUUUUUGGCAAAGGCUUAUAUCCAACAACCCAGAAGAAAAUUCAAGAAUUCCAUGAAAAUUUUAAGAUUUAUGAUGAUGGUUUUCAAUAUGGGAGUCAGAUUCCAGAAUGUUUCUUAAGAAACUGGACAAAAUCCAAAAAGUGGCUUCUAAAUCUACUUGAACAAAGAAUUUCUGAUCUAGAGAGUGUUGAAAGUUCAGAUGAUCUGACAAUGAUACAGAUAAUUUACAAAACUGUAAGGCAAGAAACGACAGAACUUAUGCCUCCCAAAUAUGCUGUAUUAAUGCUUUGGGCUUCUUUGUCUAACUCUGUUCCUGUUGCAUAUUGGACAAUUGCUUUUAUUCUUUAUCAUCCUUCUGUUUACAAGAACCUUAUGGAAGGCAUAACUUCUGUGUUUGGUGAAGCAGGUAAAAAUGAAAUUGAAAUGUCAGAAAAUGACCUGAAAAAACUUCCACUACUUAAAUGGUGUGUUUUGGAAGCCAUUCGCUUAGUUUCCCCUGGUAUAAUUGCAAGAAAGGUGAUUGAACCAGUGAAAAUUUUGAAUUAUACUGUUCCUUCUGGUGAUAUAUUAAUGAUGUCUCCUUUUUGGGUCCAUAGAAAUCCAAAGUAUUUUUCAGAACCUGAAUUGUUCAAGCCUGAACGUUGGGAAAAGGCAAAUUUAGAGAAGAAUGCUUUCUUGGACUGGUUUGUGGCAUUUGGAGGAGGGAAGUACCCAUGUCCAGGAAGGUGGCUUGCUAUACUGAAGAUUGAAAUCUUUGUUGCCUUAAUAUUUUAUAAGUACCAAUUUAAGCUGCUGGAUCCAUUUCCCAAAAAGAAUGUUAACCAGAUAAUGGGUAUCCAGAAGCCAUCAACACCAUGCCGGGUCGAAUAUAAAUGCAGAAAAUAAAAGUUUAUUAAUCUAGAAUCUGGACCAAUAUCUAAGCACAUGGAUUCUCAAGGUGUCCUUAAGCCUUGAAUCCUGUAUUCAAUAAAGUAAUGUUCUACAUAUCAGGAUAUCUUAGCUAACUGUAUGUAAUUAGAUGAGAUUUUUGUUUUUAAUAGAUAACUAAUUAAUCAAUUAUUACUCAAAUAGGCAUUAAUUAAAUUGCUGUCUUAGCAAUAUAAAAAGUAAUGUACAAUUACGUACAGUAGAACUGGAAGUAAUAGUGAAAAUAUUUUUUAAAAUAACUUUUAAAGCAGCCUUUUCACAUAUGAUACAGUAUUCCUCUGGAUUGAAAAAAGUUGCAAAAUUGUAGGUUUUUUUCAAGAGUCCCAGAGACUUUAAGUAAGAAAAAAUCAAUUUUACUUUGUUAAAUCUUGCCUGUGACACAUAUUAGCUGAGGUUAUUAUGAAGAUCAAAUGACAAAAUAUCUCUAUUUUGCAAAAGGUUGCAACUUUUUUCUGUCCCUUAGAGUUUUUUCAUAGUGCCUUUAACAUAGUGGGUGAUCAAUAAAAAAUUAUUGAUUUAUUAAUUGAUUGUUAAAUUGAAAUAAGCCUUUCAGUUUUUCUAGCAUAGAAUGUUACUUACAUUUGAAGAAUAAGAUUAUGAUAACCUGCCAAGGUUCAAUUGUUUUUAAAUGUAAUUAUAAUGUAAACUUUCCAAAUGUACAAUGUGAAUCAAACAGGAAAAAUUGUAUUUUGUAUGGGAGAAGAAAAUAACAAUGAUAUCAAAGAAAGACUUGACUUGACCAAGUUAAUUCUAGUGCUUCAUUCAUUUAAUAAUAAAUAUAUUUUCUUUUGAACAUA